AGAAUAAGAAACGAUCGAACACAUGGAGGAAAUUAAGGGCAACUGUGAAGGAGAGGAAAUGAAGUUCAAGCUGUUUGCUACACCGCUAGAUAAGUUAAUGAAAGCACAGAAAAAGGCAGACAGGUUUGCUGAAGAAAAAGAGGCACAAAAUGCCUGCAAAGAACUAAUCCAAUGUAUUGCUCUCACUCGAAUUAUCUAUGGAAAUGGGCACUGGCGGUUGGGGCAAGCAUUUGCCAACCUUGCUCACGGCUAUCUUGUGCUCCAAGGUCUCCCUAUUCAAGCUAUGAAACAUGCAGACUCAGCCAAAUAUAUUAUUUUCAUGGAGAAGGGAGCUCCUCCAGCUUCUACAGAGGAAAGAGGAGAAAUCCUGAGCACUCUCCUCACCAUCUACUAUACCUUGGGUGAAGCAAACCUGUUGCAGAAAAAUGGGAAAAAAUCCUACUGCAAUCUGAAGAAAGCAGAAAAGAUUGUGGAAGAAUUACAAGGACCAUAUUGGACAGAGGCAGUUAAACUUAAAGUAUCUGAGAGAGAACUUAUGAUGGCAUUGGGCAGGGCAAGUUUACAGCGAAAGAAGUUAGAAUUGGCUGCUAGGUACUUUGAGAGGACAAUUGAAACAACAAUAUCAGCUGGAGGAGAGAUGUCACCGGAACUGAUAGAUAUUUAUCAAGAAAUGGCUAAAACCAAACAGAGACAGAGAAACCACGAAGAAGCCAUCAUGUACUUAUUAAAGGCCUAUUCGGUUUCAACAGCUAUGGGCAACAAAUUCAGCACACAAGUGGCAUCAAUAACUUUGUUGCUGGCUAAGGCUUAUGCUGCGACAGGAGAAGAAAAAUAUUUUGGAGCUACUGAAAAAUAUUUCACUGAGAGCCUUGCGGCUUACCAAGAGGCACUUGGCACAGACCAUUCUCAGACAAUUCAUGUUGUGGAAGACUACAGCAAAUGGCUGGCACGAACGGGAAAAAGAAAGCUAGCUUAUAACUUACUCAAAGAGUCUUUUAGAUCUCAGAAAGAUCCCUGCAGUGAUUUUCAUGAAAAUGCAACUGAGAGAUUGUAUAUUAUGGGAUGCAUCUGUUUGGCAGAGGAGAAAAUAACAGAAGCUUAUCUGCUGCUCAGUAAGUGUGCGCAGAUUCAAGUUGCUAUUUAUGGCUCUCAUCAUAGAAAAACUAAAAAGAUACAAGAGCUACUGGACAGAUUGGUGAGGGUCUCUGCUGUACACGAAACGUCCACGCAUUCAAAGCAGAAGAGAAAGGGGACACUAGAUUUCCCAAUACUAGAUUUCUAA